AUGAAACAUUUUGUUGCUCCGCUCUGUCUUGUGGGACUUUUCCUAAUUGCUAUGACUCAAUGCACUGUCCCAGCCUCAGAGUUUCAGCUGGAUGGAGAUUAUUUGAUAGGUGGACUUUUUGAUAUUCACCAAGUUAGCACACCUCUCCAUCAAAACAGACCACAAGCCUUAAGCUGCUCCAGUGAACCUUUCCUGCUUGCAAACUAUCGGAGGUUUCAAUUGAUGAGAUUCUCUAUAGAGGAAAUAAAUAAUUCUACCAGCCUGCUGCCAAAUGUAUCUCUCGGUUAUGAGAUGUUUGACUACUGCUCAAAUACACAAAAUUUUCCUGGUAUUUUAAAACUCAUCUCUGUCAAUGACAUGAUCCAACCUUGGGCUGAACAACCCAAAAAUCUGUCUAAAGUCAUUGGAGUCGUCGGUCCUUUCACGAGCACUCAGACUCUGACUGUAGCCCCACUUUUCAUGGCGGAUUUCAUUCCACUGGUCAGUUACGGAGGUAGUGCCAGUGUCUUUUCAAACAAAAUUGAAUAUCCCUCUUUCCUAAGAACAGUGUAUCCAAACAAAAACACCAUAGAUGUGAUUGUCAAUAUCAUACUGCACUUCAACUGGCGCUGGGUUGCUUUCCUUAACAGUGACAAUGAUUUUGGCAUUGAUGGACUUGAACUGUUCAUUAAAAGGAUUAAAGACACCAAGAUCUGCCUAGCCUACAACAAGGGCCUCAAUAGCAACACAAAUCACUCUCAAAUUUUCCAACAGAUAGAGGGGAAUAAUGUUAAAAUCAUCGUUGUUUUUGCUCCAAAAACAUAUGCCGAAGCUGUAAUUGAAUCUGCAAUUAAGCUGAAUGUCAACCAGAAGGUGUGGAUAGCAGACGAUGGAUGGUCCUUAAACAAAAAGCUGCAAAAUAUGGAAGAAAUCAAAAGGAUUGGAACUGUUCUUGGGGUGUCUCAGCCAGUAAUAACAAUCCCUGGUUUUAAUGAAUACAUAUAUUCCAUUAAAAGCUGGGCACCUAGUGGAAAUGCAGAACCACAGACAUUUUGUAAUCAGGUUUGCAACUGCAGUGACCUGAGUGCUGAUUAUAUUACUGCUCCAGAUCCAUCCUUCUCUUUUCCUGUUUACUCUGCUGUGUAUGCCAUUGCUCAUGCUUUACACAACACCUUAAAAUGUGGAGCUGGCAAAUGUGAUAACAUUACAGUGCACCCACACAUGGUUCUAAAAGAGCUCAAAAAGUCCAGUUUUACACUGUUAAACCAGACAGUUCAUUUUGAUAAGAAUGGAGACCCAAAGUUCGGAUCCUUUUCUAUUGUUUUCUGGAACCAAAGUGGUGGUGCAGAGGAAAUUGGCUUUUAUCAUUUUUACCCAUCAGUCAAAUUCUACAUCAAUGCCACCAAAGUUCAGUGGUACUCUGAUGGAGAAGUGCCAACUGCAUUAUGUUCCCCUGAAUGUCAAGGAGGACAUGUAAAAAAGCAAACUGGAGUCCACAAAUGCUGCUUCAAUUGUGAAAUCUGUCCAAGCAACACUUAUGUCAACAGCACAGAGAAUCCCUUCAAGUGCAUUAACUGUAUGGACACAGAGUGGUCUACAGCGGGAAGCACAUCAUGCAGUCUGCGGCUGGUGGAGUACAUACCAUUCACAGACACUGGUGCUAUAGUGAUCAUGGUUGGGACUUGUGUCUUGGUGGGCCUCAGUCUGGCCGUGUCUGUUCUCUUUGCCAUCAACUACAACACGCCUGUUGUCAGAUCUGCUGGAGGACCAAUGUGCUUCUUGAUUUUAAUCUGCCUCGGUGUGUGUAGUUUUAGUGUGUUUUUUUACUUUGGUCAGCCAACACCUGUUUCUUGUGUCUUGAGAUAUUUCCCGUUUAUUUUGUUCUACACUGUUUGUCUGGCAUGUUUUGUUGUGCGUUCCUUUCAAAUUGUUUGCAUUUUCAAAAUGGCUGCAAAGAUCCCCAAGUUCCACAGCUGGUGGAUGAAAUAUCACGGACAAUGGCUACUUAUCGCUGGGGCAUUUGUCACUCAGGCUGUCUUCCUGAUUAGCAUUUUUUAUGAUCCCCCCAGACCUUACAAUGAAACUUCAUGGUACCCAGAGCAAACCGUACUUUUCUGUGGCUUAAAUCUUGGAGCAGCUUGUGCUCUGAUUUUGCCUUUGUUAUUGUGCUGUCUUUGCUUUAUUUUCUCCUACAUGGGAAAAGAUCUCCCAAAAAACUACAAUGAGGCCAAAGCGAUAACUUUCUGCCUCCUCUUGCUGAUCUUCACCUGGAUCAUCUUUGUCACUGUGUUCAUGCUUUAUCGUGGAAAGAACAUCCAAACUUUUAAUGGGCUGGCUGUUCUCUCCAGUCUCUACUCCUUUCUGUUGUGGUACUUCCUGCCAAAAUGUUACAUCAUUAUUUUUCAGCCCCACAAAAACACACAGCAGUACUUCCAAGGUCUCAUUCAGAAUUAUACCAAAACAAUCAGUCAGUAGCUUCUGGCUGUGAAUGUGAUGUGCUCCAGGUCUUAUUUCUUUUCCAUAGUAAAUAUUGGAUUUUAAGCUGUUUAUUUAUUUAUUUAUUUUCCAUGUAAGUGAUGGAAUUUUCAAAACUGAUCAGUAGCUUCUGUGUUAUA